GGAAUGCACAGGGAGCUGAGACGUGCAAGGCGGACGGACUUGAUUGUUGGUGAGAGCCUCGCUGGUUUCUCUAGCGGCGACGGAGGAGGGCUGGAAGCUACAAGCUGCAGCCGCUUGUCACCACUAGACUCGUCAUUCAAGGCGGCCGUACAGCAAAGCUUGUAAUAUAUAUAUUUAUACAUAUCAGCCAUGGCGCGUAUGAAGACGGCCAAGGGCACUCUCGGACGGGGAAUUGUGGGCGGGAAAGGCACAUCUCCAAGAAAAGACGAAGAGCCCAAAAAGCGUCGGGCGCGUCCCGGAAUGCGGGCCUUGCGCGAGAUAAGACAAUACCAGCGGACAACGGAACUCCUCUUGCGCCGGCUGCCCUUCGCCCGUUUGGUCCGGGAGGUGCAGGGGGAGAUUAGCACGAAGCAGUAUCGGUGGCAGGCGAACUCCCUCUUAGCCUUGCAGGAAGCGGCGGAGGCCCAUCUGGUCCAUUUGUUUGAGGACGCGAACCUGUGCGCGAUCCAUGCCAAGAGGGUGACCAUUAUGCCGAAAGAUAUGCAGCUUGCAAGGCGGAUCCGGGGGCCUCUACGGGAGUAGCUUUCUCCUUCGCCCCUUCCUCCGUCACGGCCUCCCUCCCUCCCUC